AUGGAGUUAACUCGAUUAGACUUUCCUGGAUAUGUUCAGAAUAUAGAAAAAGCUGUAAACAUGCUUGGUGGAAGCCAUGCUAUUUUUCAAUCAAUCACAUCUAAAGAUACUCCGUUAAAAAUUAAUUUUCGACCAAAUGAUCAGUUAGGACACGAAAUUUCAUCUUCAUCAUCAGAUGAUCCCUGCAUAUUGCUCAAAAUUAAGCGUUUAAGAAAAUAUAAAAUUGUAAAUGGCGAAAAACAAUUAAUUGGAACAGAAUACGUUGCCGAAUUCGUUGGAAGAUCAUCACAAACUUUCGAAUUUAAUCAACCAAGUGAUUUUCAGUUUCUUCCUGCUCUUCAAUCCCCUUAUAAUCAGCCAACAGUUGUUGAUCCACCUCCACAGAGCUUUUUGUACCUUCCACCACAAAGAUUCCUUCAUAACUACAAGUAUAAGGCAUCGUACAUUCAGCGUCGUAUCUUUGCAGCUCAGCAGGAACAAAUGAAGACUUGGAAGAAGUCAGAAUGCCCUUGGAUCAUCAAUCAGCAGUUAUUAUUUACACUCAAGAAUGGUCCAUCACCAUCAGAACCCGCUUCCGAUAUCAAUCAUGAAUUAUUAUCGCUUUUACAAGUUUUAUUCGAUGAAAGACCAAUUUGGACAGUUUUGGCCAUUUUCGAUAAAUUUUCCACCAGUAAAUCAGUCAUUACCGACCUGAAAAUGAACGAAAACUCCCCUGUUUUCUUCCAUACUUUGGCUUGUGUUGCAUAUUUCGUUAGAAACGGUCCAUUCAAGAUGUGUUGGGUCAAAUAUGGUGUAAACCCUAUUGCUCAGAAGGAAUUAUCCAUUUAUCAGACAAUUGUCCUCUCAUUAAAAACAUGGGAAUAUGCGGAUGAGAUUUCGAAGCGAAUAACAAGAACAUCGAAGUAUAUACCAAGAAAUGAGGAAGUUCCUACCGGAAUCUCAUCAUUAAACGCAAUUCCAAAUAAAUUAUUUUAUGCCGUCCAAAUUUGCGACUUAAGAGAUAGUUAUCCAACUCAGAUGUCCCAGAUGAAGUUGGAUUCCUAUAAUAGAAACCACGGAUGGUACCACGAAGAAAUUAUUACGAAUAUCAGAAAAUUCUGUCUUCUCAAAUUGCAAAGAUUGCUUAAGGACUCGAAGAAGGUCAAUCCGAACAUCCUCAUGGCUGACAUUAACUCGAAUGUCGACUUGGCAAAGGAAAUUUCCAGAUCUAAGGAGUCCCAGAAGAAGAUUGACUUCGACUUUUUGUUUGUUAACGAUUUCCAAGGAAUUCUUGGCAUAUGCGAGACAAAUCUCGACAACUGCGACUAUCAAAAUAUUCUUGGAAAGAAAUUCACAUUUAUGAGUUGUGUUGAUCGUAUCAACAACUUUUAA